AUUGAUCAUCCGAAUAUUAUCCAUUUUGAGGAAACAGUAGAGACAGAAGACAGAAUGUGCAUCAUUAUCGAUUAUAUUGAAGGCGGCGAGUUAUUUGAUUUCGUACAGAAAAUGCACCGUCAAUUGCAGGUGACUCAGCAAAGCGUUGAUGAGAGCCUUAUCAAAUCACUGUUUAAGCAGUUACUGACUGCUGUAGCAUGGUUACAUGAUCAUCACAUAGUCCACAGAGACUUGAAAUUAGAAAACAUUUUGAUACAUAGGAAAAAUCCAUUUCCAACAACUAGCAGUUAUGACCCGGAUGACAUUGUGCUGAAAAUUACAGAUUUCGGCCUAGCGCGGACUGUAGACCCUCAAUCACCUUACUUGGUCACAAGAUGUGGAAGUGAAGAAUACGCUGCACCUGAGGUCAUUCAGCAAAAAAGCUAUGAUGGCCGUAAAACAGAUACAUGGGCACUGGGUAUCAUUCUUUACAGCUUGCUUGUCGGUUACUUACCUUUUCGUUAUGAUCGUCGUAAAAAGGAACGUGUGUCUCAACUAUUUUAUCGCAUUGUACGGGCCGACAUAAAAUGGCCUCAAGAAACGGCUGAUUCAGCCUCCUAUGGCAAAAUAAGCAAUGAGGCAAAAUUUGUCGUGCAAGCUAUCUUGGAGAGAGAUCCAGAAAAGAGAAUAUCUAUACAUGAUGUUGCAAAACUACCAUGGUUCAACUCUUAA